CGCACAGCAAAAGCUUCACCAACCCGCCUUUUUACCGCAAACAGCUCGCGAUAAUGUCUGGUGUCCAAUACAUUCUUUACGAGGAGCCUACGGGUUAUGCUCUUUUCAAGGUCUCCUUCCCUUCGGACUCGGUCGGUGCCCGGCUGAAGGAGGUCCAGGAGGCAGCCAACGACCUCGCUUUGUUCAGCAAGUUGCUUACUCUCGUCAGUUUCGCGCCUUUCAAGGGCGCUGCUCACGCUUUGGAGAACGCAAACGAUGUCGCUGAGGGCGUCGUCAACGAGCACCUCAAAAACUUCUUGGAGCUCAACAUCCCCAACAGCACAAAGAAGUCCAAGAAAUCAAAGGCUACUCUCGGAGUCUCGGAUUUGAAGCUGGCCAGUGGCAUCAAGGAAACCUUCAAGGGCAUCGAGUGCGAUACCUCCGAGAUCGUCCAGGAUCUUUUGCGCGGAAUUCGUCUUCACGGAGCCAAGAUGCUCAAGCAGCUUCAGGACGGCGAUAUCGAGCGUGCCCAGCUCGGUCUUGGCCAUGCCUACUCCCGCAACAAGGUCCAGUUCAGUGUCCAGAAGAACGACAACCACAUCAUCCAGGCCAUCGCUCUGUUGGAUCAGCUUGACAAGGAUAUCAACACCUUUGCCAUGCGUGUCAGAGAAUGGUACUCGUGGCACUUCCCCGAGCUUUACAAGAUCGUCAGCGACAACUACACCUACUCGAAGCUCAUCCUUUUCAUCAAGGACAAGGUUUCCUUGACCAGCGAGUCUCUCCAUGAUCUUGCUGCUCUGGUUAACGACGACGCCGGUAUUGCUCAGAGCAUCAUCGAUGCCGCCCGUAUCAGUAUGGGCCAGGAUAUCUCUGAGACUGAUAUGGACAACAUCGUCACAUUCGCCGAGAAGGUCGUCAACCUCACCGACUACCGCAAGCAGCUCCACGCCUAUCUGAUUGAAAAGAUGAGCACUGUUGCUCCCAACUUGUCCGAGCUCAUCGGCGAGAUUGUCGGAGCUAGACUUAUUUCACACGCCGGCAGCUUGACCAGCUUGUCAAAGUACCCUGCUUCCACCGUUCAGAUUCUCGGUGCCGAGAAAGCUCUUUUCCGUGCCUUGAAGACCAAGGGUAACACCCCCAAGUACGGUCUCAUCUACCAUUCGUCGUUCAUCGGCAAGGCCGGCCAGAAGAACAAGGGCCGGAUAUCACGAUUCUUGGCCAACAAGUGCUCGAUCGCCAGCCGAAUUGACAGUUUCUCUGACACCCCUUCGACCAAGUUCGGUGCCGUUCUGAAGAGACAGGUCGAGGAGCGUCUGAACUUUUACGAGACCGGCGCGGCUCCCACCAAGAACGCCGACGCCAUGCAGGAGGCUAUCUCUGCUCCUGAUGUCAUGGAGGAGUAAUUGUUUAGACGUCUAUAAGACUCAGUUUUGACGUUUUGCUUUCUUUUUACUGUCAUUUUCUCUCCUGCGUUCCGUUUAUGAUUUUUGUAAUAUAUCACUAUGUACUUUUGAUACAUGCUGGGAUUCUUCGUUGGUUAGUGUACUUGUGGGUUCUUUUUUAAUAAAAAGUUUACAUCAUAAUAAGGAUACGAAAGGUUGGACCACUACUAUUU